AUCGCCCCAUGGAGAUCGUUGUCCCGGUGUUUGUAUACAGCGCAGAGAGUUUACUCACAGAUGAGCGAUAUGAGGAGAUGGAACCCUUCCUCCGAGGAGCUCACAACAUCACAGCUUCCUGGUCACUCCGUCGGCAGCCUGGUCGCCAUCAUUCUCCACCGUCUGCAGCCCCAUCGUAUUGUUUCUAAGAUGGCGCAGAGCCCUCAAGACAUCCGCCAGAGGAUUAACCAGUUCACCACUGGAAAUGUGCUCGGCUAUAACCGGGUGGCCUUGCAAGUCUUCGGGAUGUUGGGACAUGGGAAAUCGUCCCUCAUAAACUCAAGUGUGUCUGUGGUGAAGGAUGAGGAGUAUGAGAACGUGGCCGGAGCUGGAUUGUCCGAUGGAGGGAUGACGAUCAGCAGACAUGAGCACGAACUUACAGACGCGCUGGUCAUGAUCGACAAUCGAGGAUUCCAGAAACUGAUGUGGGAGGAGAUCGUGGAGGCCUGCGCCCAGCUCCGCUCCUUACGAGAAGUCACCUGGGAAAAAGACAACCUGGAGGUGACUUUAGAACAGCUUCCACACAAGUACACAGAUCGUCCCAAAGAUUUUAUUUUACCCGUGUUGGUCUACAGCGCCAUCUCUGCCCUGGGCGAAGCUGAUAUGGCCAAUAUGGAAAAACUGAUUACAAAUACCUUCAGGGUCACAGGAAUUCACCCGAUUGUUGUGAUCACCAAAUGCAGCUCGGACAAGAUUGAAGAGGUCAAGAAGAAGUUCGGAAACCUUGGGGUGAUGAAGAGAAUCUGCCUGGAGAACUACACCGAGAACAACUUCGAGCGAACGGAGGAAAAAGACCAAAAGAUUCUGGAAUUUGUCAACAUGUGCAUCCAAGAGGCCGAGCGAGGCCUAAAGAUGAGGCAGAAUGAGGAUCCGCAGACCAGAUUCAUCACCCAGGCGAUUCAACAAGUGAAACUGGAGUCUGACAUCUUGAGGAAAAAGAUAAUACCUCCCCGAAAAAAAAAAUUUUGGUUAUUUUAGUUUUUUGACAUGUAAAAAUCUCCAUUUUUGGUGUCAUUUUUAAGUUGGUUUCACACAAGGUUUUCACCUUUUUUUUUUUCCUACCCGCAUUUUCAAAAUUGUGUUAACAUACCCUUAGGAGUUUUGCUUCUUUUGGCACUUUUUUUGCACAAGUUUUUCUUUUUUUUGUGAAGAAAGUGCCAGCUCCAAACGUCGGUUUAAAGUCAAUGGGAAAUAUGAAAUGCAUUUUUUUUUUUUACCUACCGACAUUUUUCUCCCCAUCUUGGGGGUGCAUUUUGUCUAUGGCUUUAAAAAAAAAUUGCAAGUUAAAGCAACGUCAUUUCUGCAGUCAUUUUUCCAUUCCUCUAUGGGGGGAAAGUGUCUAAUGCCUUAAUCAAAAAUUCCAUUCCAUUAAAAUAAAAAAAUAAAAUAAAAAAUGCAUGAUGAAUGC